GACGUCACCACUAAAUUCGUCUAUCAGGGAUUAUUUCAUUAUUUCAAAAUUACUUCAAAUGCAAACUUAAAGUUUUAACACUUUAAUUGGGCGUUUUAAAGCAGUUUUAUAACGUGUGCUAAAACUUGGGGAAAAGUGCGAAGAUGUUUAGUGGCGAAUUGCUGAUUUUUCUCAAAAUCGUUUGAGAGCCCUGAAUAUAUGUAAUGUAAACAACUAAUAUCUGAUCAAUCACGAUUGUUAUCACUACACUACUUUCACGAUACUUUUUCGACUUUGUUUCGAUUUCAGCACAUUUUCUGAAAUUUCUGUCCGGUAGCUAGCUUCCUCGUCUCUCGUGACGAAAUCAUGGGCAUCUGGAACAUUUUAUGUCCCUGUCUUGGUUCUUCAGACUCGUCAGAAUCUGAGUACAUCACACCGAGCAUAGAAGAACGGAGACAGCAGAUGGAGGCAGCUGCAUUAAAAAGAGCCCAAGAUCAACAAAGUCGAGGCAUUAAAGACCCCGAUAAAGUGCAGAGAAUGAAUGAGAAGGCUGCUCAAGCUGAUAGACGACUUGAAGAAGCCCAAAAAAACUAUCAAGGUUCCCUAGGAGGUGGUCUUAAAUGGCAAAUGGACUGAAAACCCAAGACUGUAACAUCCCUAGAACCGUUCUUCUAAAGUUUUGAAGCUUAUCUGGCGGAACUCUGGCUCAGAUUCAUGUAAUUUCAAGCAAAGCAGACUCAAGACUCUUUGAUUUGUAAAUAGAGCAUUCUCAUUUCUUAUAUUGCCUUUAAAAUACAUUUUCCAGGCGAAGUGUUUGAAGCACUGAUGUAUAUCUAUUUGAUACUAUACUAUCACAGGAUUUUUCAUAAACUGAGUUACGUAGUGCA